AUGAAAGCCAUAGGCUUCAGGAAUUAUCAGCACCAACUCAUUGAAAACUUUCAGUCAUCUGUUCUUGCUAGUGGUGGCAGUGACUCGCUUGUGUUUUUUCCGCCAGAAUUUAAUAUAUCCGAAAAACAGUGGCCAUAUCUACUCAGGAGGGAAGAAGAUUGGAGUCAUACUGAUAUGAGAUCAUUUAUUAAUUCAUGUCUUAUGGCCUCAUCCCCCGGCAACCCAUUGGCCGAAGAGGUGGUGAAUAAGUUGUCGAGUGACAAAGGGAUACCUAGGAUAAGAUUCAUAUGCAAUAAUACAUCAAUGAACGUUGAUGCGGGAGUCGGCAAUAGAUCGGUAUCCUUCCAGUCUGUAAUGUUACCUUUCAUAGCACUGCUUGUUAGGAACGGCGUUCGAGAAUCGACUCUCGAAAAGCAAGUGAAUAUAAUCUAUUCGACCGUAUAUACAUACGUGGACACCAUCGUUCAUGAUCAAAUGUUGCGUUGUGUAGACGAGUUAAUACGCAGGAAAUCACUUAAAGACACGUCUACGACAGAGCAGGAACUACUCAACGUAAAUGCGUUCAUACCUGUUAGUUAUGCUCAGAUACUUUUAGUGCUUGUACGAUUUGUGAAUGAAAUACUCGGCAGAAUCAAAGAAGCUAGGAUGAACGUGACAUUACAGAAGAUAGGAGGAAGAUUAGAACGGGCAACUAUUGCAUGGAAAGAAUUUUUGUCGAACGGUCUUAUGUAUGGAGAUAUUUUAUCGAGUAGUGACGGUCUGGGAUCAUACUGCUUUACAGUUAUAGACAAGGAACUGAACAAAAUGAAAAAAAUAUUGGAUUCGGGAAGGAGAAGCCUAGAGAGGGGGAUGGAAGUUACAAAGAUAAUGUUCGAAAAUGUUGGGUUGAACAAAGAAGCUAUAACUGCAGCCAUGCAGUUGGACUUAUGUCGGUCGUAUGAUCCACCAGGUGAACACUCUAAGCAUGGGAAACGCCAUGACAAUGAUGCAGUCAACUUUCAAGAAAUACGCGUAAUCCCCACUGCAGAUGAAAUUCUCUGCAAACGCAAUCCCUUUCUUCCUUCAACUCUCCCCACCACUCCUCACUUUCUCGAACCCGGUCCAGACCGUCUGUUAGACACUCAAUUUCGACUCGUACGUGAAGACAUGUUAAAUCCAUUACGCAUUGGUCUUCAUGAUUUCUUGGCAGAUCUAGACAAGGACAAAUCACAGAUAGCGAAACUAUUAGACAAGGGUGGAAGAUUUAAAUCAGAUAAAGGAAACCACAGCGGUGGAGACUUGAAUGUUUAUGCGAAUGUCAAGUUUAAUGGUAUCCAAGUGAAUAAAAACAGAGGGUUUCUAGUUCGAGUAGGAUUUAAACAGCCGAAAGUUAUUAAAACUGGAGAACAGAGAAAGUUUUAUUGGGAGAGAUCAAGAAAAUUAAUGCAUGGGAGUUUAAUUUGUGUGUUAUGGGCUAAUGACUAUGAAAAGGACCGGGACAUCGUGAGUUCUAAGAAUGCCUUUACACUUUAUUUCGGCGUAAUUGCUGAAAGAAAUGAAAACUCGCUGUCAGAGAAGGCAGAUGAAGCGAUAAUCGGCGUCCAUUUUAUCGAAAGUUCGAUCUAUCCAAUCGUUUUAGAGGAUAUGACGCUUGCCCGCAGGCUAUCGGAGACUGGGCCUAAACUUCCUGAUCGAUUUAUGGUAGAAUCAACUGGAGUUUACUUCGAAUCCUAUGUUCACAUAUUGAAAGCGCUCCAAGAUUUCAGUCCGGGGGCACUCCCGUUUUCUCGACAUCUUGCUCCGGCAACAGAAGAAGAACUGACCGCCAAACUCGAACCACCGUUGUACGCACGCGCGCCUGGUUUUAAAUUCGAUCUGUCGGCAUUACUUGAUAAGAAGACAGCUUUAACGUUAGAGCCUGAUAAUGAACUUUCACGGAACUCAGCUGUGCAGACAUUAGUCCAAUCAGGCAAGCUGGAUGAAAGUCAGGCCGAGGCACUAACCUAUUCUCUGUGCAGGGAAAUUGCUUUGAUCGAAGGGCCACCCGGUACCGGAAAGACAUACGUCGGAGUAGAAUUGAUGAAAGUUCUUUUGGAUGAAUCAAAUCAGAAGAGAGCUUCCAUUGGUCCCGUAUUGACAAUAUGCUUCACUAAUCAUGCACUGGAUCAGUUCCUUGAAAAUCUCUUACAUGUUGGGGUGAAAGACGUUGUUCGAUUGGGAAGUCGAUCGAAAUCGGAAGAGAUCAAACCAUUUGCUUUGGAAGAACGCUCUCGCAAACAACAAAAAUCCCCUGAACAUAGGCGUAUGUUGGGGGCUGCCUAUAGCGAAUUGGAGACUUUAUCGAAAGAAGCGCAUGUGUUGACUGAGCGUUUGGCUCGCAAGACAAUGGAUUGGAGCGAUGUAGAAAUGUUGCUCAUGGUCGAUCACAACUCAGUUUAUCAGCAACUGACGGAGGGCCCGGUAGAUUUUCAUUCUGAAUUUAUCGAAUUGGAAGAAGAAGACUUCGAUCCUAAUAAUAGUUACGCAACUGAGUUUAAUAAUAGGAAAGUAAAUCAAGAUGAUAAUGAAGAAUGGGAGUAUGUCGGUGCUGGGAGGGGCCGCGAGCCGCGAUCGCUAUUUGCUCAAUGGGUUCAUGGGACUGACAUCAGACGCAAGCAGCAGACUAUUGAACGUCUGAAAAAUAUUGAAAUAGAAAAGAGAGAACGUAAACGGGGAAAAGGGAAAAAUAAAAAUACCGAAAAUCCGUUUGAGCUUUUACAAAAUCAAGACGAAGAUAUAACAAUGAUUGACGAAGAAGCAACGAAUUCUGAAUCAUCAAACAAUCAAUUUUUGAUGCAAGCAUUACAAAUACAAAUACCAGAAACAGACAGACCUUUGGACGUUUUGCUUGAGGAAUGCAAUUAUGGGAGUAGUGUGUGGGAUAUGAGUAUUAUUGAGCGAAGGAGAUUACAUGACCAUUGGAGAAAAUUGAUAAAUGAAGAGAUUAUUGAGAAGUUAGCGGAGUUGGUUAAAAAACACACAGAGAAACGGAAGGAAGUUGAUAAUAUUCACGAUGGAGUUCGAAAGGAAAUACUCAAAUCCGCUCAAGUAAUUGGGAUGACUACAAAUGGAGCGGCCAAAUUCCAAUCGCUGAUACGUUCAGUAGCUCCACGUAUAAUCGUAUGUGAGGAAGCAGGCGAAGUAUUGGAAGCUCACAUCCUUGCACCAUUGAAUGAGACACAGCAUCUCAUUCUCAUUGGUGAUCACUUGCAACUUAGACCACACGUGGCAACAUACGGCCUUAGUUUAGACUCCGACGUCGGUAAGAACUAUGCGCUCGACAGGUCCCUAUUUGAACGUUUGGUAAACGAGAAAAAGCCGAUGGUCAAAUUGUUAACUCAAAGACGGAUGCGUGGCGAAAUAGCUGACCUAGUAAGGGACACUCUGUACCCUGAUCUCAUAGAUCAUGAAGUUACAACGAAAUACCCUCCUGUGCGUGGAACACCGUAUAAUCUUUUCUUCUUUGAUCAUAUGAAUCCAGAAGACGCAGCUGGUAGUAAUCAAUUUGCGAUGCAAUCCCAUUCAAAUUCAUUCGAAGUGAAGAUGGUUGUCGAAAUGGUAAAAUACUUUGUUAGAAAUGGCUAUGAUAAAGAUGGUGACAUUGCCGUGUUGACGCCCUAUUUGGGGCAGAUGAUUAAGAUAAGAGAUGCGCUAAACAAGCAAUUUGUAGUCAUCAUUGAUGAAAGAGACAACGAGCAGAUUGCUAUGAUGACUGAAGAUGAGCUUGUAGAAGCUGAUUCUACCAACGAAGCCUCAUCUUCGGUAGCUAUACCCACAGCAUUAAAAAAAUCACUGACGAGACAAGUUACACUGCGGACCAUUGACAACUAUCAAGGAGAAGAGGCAACAAUAGUCAUUAUAUCACUCGUCCGAAAUAUAUCUCAAUAUAGCAGCAAAGCCACUAUUGGCUUCUUGAAAUCAAAGAACCGUACCAAUGUGCUAUUAUCUCGUGCUAAACAUGGUAUGUUCUUACUGGGAAAUGCCAAUCUCCUUGUUGAGAAAGCAGAACGGGAGGGAAUGAAAAUGUGGCCAACAGUAAUCAAUACACUCAGAGAACGUGGUCAACUAGGCAGUGCAUUCCCAUUGCAAUGCGAAAGACAUCCUGAUACAAUUAAUUUCGUCGAAAAGCCUGAACAGUUUUCCGAAUUCGCACCUGAUGGCGGAUGCCAGGAGCCAUGCGGAUUCACCCUGAAAUGUGGUCACAUAUGCCAGUACAAAUGCCACUACGAUGAUCCUGAUCACAUUGGUGUCAUGUGCUAUAAACCAUGUCAGAGACUACACGAAUCAUGUCGACACGCAUGUCCAAAGACUUGUGGAGAGCCAUGUGGGAACUGUAAUCUAACUAUCAAUAAUGUCGAAUUACCUUGUGGACAUAUUAAAAAGAAAGCCCCUUGUUAUCAGGCAUGUGAUCCGACGUUAAUUAAAUGUGAGGUGCUUAUUGAUUGCGUUCUCCCCAGGUGUGGCCACCAACAAAAAAGGCAUUGUUUUGAAGCGAUAGAAGACGUUAAAUGCAGUCAAAAAUGUGGAAUGCCGUUAGGAUGUAGUCAUUCUUGCGCUUCGAACUGUGAGGAAUGUCAGCGCAGAUCUAUCCGCACAUCAGCCACGAAAGAAGCUACAUUAGAUGAAAACGGUCAUGUGACAAAAACUAAUCAUUUCCCAUGCAAGCAAGUGUGCGGACGUAAUUUGUAUUGUGAACAUCGUUGUACGAGUGCAUGUCACGAUGGAAAGCCCUGUCCACUAUGCAGCGGAAAAUGCAUGAUUAGAUGUAGACAUUCUACAUGUAACAAAAGAUGCUCCGAACCUUGCAAUGUCUGUUCCGAGCCAUGUGAUUGGCAAUGUAAACAUCAAGGCAAAUGUUCGCUCAGUUGUGGAGCUCCUUGUAUUCGACUGCCAUGCAACCACCGAUGCGAGAAACUCUUACCUUGUGAUCACCAAUGUCCUGGUGUAUGUGGAGAAGAAUGUGUUCCUGUUGAAUUCUGCCCCAUCUGUGCCCUACCCGAUAUACGAAAGCAAACAUCUAAUGCGGCAAUGUUAGAGGAGUUUGGCGAAGUUGAUUGGGACAUUAAUAGGAUGAUUGUUCUAGAAUGUGAGCAUGCAUUUACUAUGGCUUAUCUUGACCAGCAAUUGGAGAUGAACAGAUUUUAUGAUGGUAUUGAUGGUGAGGCAGACUUUGAGAAGAUUUGGACUGGAGUUCGUACUCUUCCAAACGAGUUAGGAAGCAUUCAUAGAUGUCCACUAUGUCGACGUCCAAUUACUAAUAUAAGAAGAUAUGGAAGGCCUAUCAAAAAGGCAAUACUUGACAUACAAAAUAAGAAAUUCUUGUCGAAGUAUAGGAGCCUAUUGCACAGUUAUAAUGAAAGAAUUCAAAUAAGUAUCAGUACAUUAGACGCAAAUCGAGAAAAAUUUCUCACAAAUAUCAAGAAACCCAUUUAUCUUAAUUCAAAUGAAAAGUCAUCUGGAGUUUUUAAAAUUCCAGGAGAUUCCAAUGUCAAAGAACUGGCCAAACUGAAUGAAUUCACAAACCUCCGCAAGAGUUACGGAAUACCUCAACCUCAUAACGAUUACUGGAUCAAGAAUACUAAUAUUUUGAUUCAAAUAUAUGCAAGUCUUUCGCAUCUACUUGCUGAAACUAAGAGCCCACCUUGGAAAGCGGCAUUUGAAGCAGCUGUAGCAAGUUUAUAUAGAUCAAGAUUAAUUGAAAUGGAUUAUAUUAUUGAGACCAUCAGGAAUAUGGGAAUUGCAGAAGAUGAUGCUGAUAGCACAAUACUUGUAUUACAACGUGAAUCUCUUCACGGAGUAGGAAUGGUACUUCCAGUUAUUGAUCGUCGAUGUUAUCUAGACAUAUUUUUUAUUAUAAUUAACGUUCAAAAAAUAUUAUUUCAAGAAGUUGAUUAUAUAAUUCAAGCGUUAUCAGAUAAUGACCAAGAUAACAGAAGUCUUGACACUAAACCUGGUUGGAUUAAUUUUGCUUUAUUUAUUCUUCAAUCGACUAUGUCACAUCUGCAAGUUAUAAUCAAAGUAGCACAGGAAACAAAAUACUAUAAGCAAUAUGUGUCAGCUACCCUUGAACUAGCAGAAGUGCAAUGUCGACAUUACCGGUAUAGGUUUAAACAUAGAAAAAUAGCCGAAGAUCCAAACGAUGCUACUGGAAAAGCAGAGAGGAAGAAGAUAAUUAACGAAUUAAAAGAAAUCCUCCAAAGAUUUGAAACCCUCGUCCAUGAAAUCUUUCCUAUUCUUCAGGCUGAACACUUUCAAAGCCAAUGCGAAAAAAGAAUGGAGGAUACUAUUGAGGAAAUCAAUGAACUUACGAAUUUAGCAAAAGGAGGGGUGUUGACAAAAACGGAAAAAUUGCAGAUAUUCCAAGCAAUGAGUGAAGACUUGCGAGGUAGUGGGCACUGGUAUACUUGUCCUAAUGGACACACUUAUACUAUUGCCGACUGCGGAGGUGCAGUGGUAGAGAGCAGAUGCCCAGAUUGCAAUGCAGUGAUCGGCGGUACUGGACACACAUUGGCGACUAAUAAUCGCCGCAAUGAAGAAUUCGAAAGUUUUAAUCAGUAA